AUGUCUCAUCCAAUCCUGUCAGAAUUCGACAUUGUUUUUGCUGGAGGUGGCACUACAGCCUGUGUUGUCGCAGGUCGCUUAGCUGCAUAUGACCCCUCACUCAGGAUCUUGAUUUUGGAAGCGGGUCAACACACCCUCAACAAACCUAUGCAUGUCCAACCCUACCAAUAUCCCUUCAACCAAGCACCGACGAGCACCACAGUUACAUUUCACGUAGGAAAUCCAUCUCCUUGUCUCAACGGUCGUGCACUGAUCGUUCCUUCCAGUCGUUGCGUCGGUGGAGCCUCAUGUGUGAAUUUCAUGGUAUAUACCCGUGCACCUGCUUCGGACUAUGACGAUUGGGGAGUCGAUGGUUGGGAAUCUGAAAAUCUGAUUCCCCUCACGAAGAAGCUGGAGACAUAUGAGGUCCAGCCCGAUCGUCCAACUCACGGAUAUGACGGACCUAUCAAAGUUUCAUCUGGUGGGUGUAAGUUGGGUAUCUCCGAUGAAUUCAUCCAAGUUGGCACGACCUAUCACAAGAGGCACCAUGGCGGACGUGAGUUCCUGCACUCUUACACAAUUGCAAAUUCUUGGCUCACGUACACAAGAUACAUCGACGGGACAACCGGAAGGCGUUCCGACGCAGCUCACCACUAUGUCUACAACCAAGCUCACAACCCGAAUUUACAACGUAUCAUCUUCGACAAACGGUUGACUGUUUCUCCAAAUGAAAGGGACAAGCGUGCUGUGUCUUGCCCGGAUGCGGAUCAAUCGUCGAGUGUUGUAAGAGCAUCAAAACUGGAUGUUGUCUCUGCUGGGGCGUUUGGUUCCCCGGCCAUUUUGGAGAGGUCUGGGAUCGGUGCCGAGGCGAUCCUCGAGCGGUGCGGUAUCGAGCAGCUGUUGGAUUUGCCUGGUGUCGGAGAAAAUUAUCAAGAUCACAAUCUCGUCUUUGUUCCAUACUUGGCUGCUGACGAGGCUGUUACCAUGGACGCCCUCUGGCGUGGGGACAGUAUCCUGCAGGAAUGGAACAGCAGCGGCAAGUCAUUGAUUGCACAGAACGGCCUCGAUUCAAAAAUCAAGUGGCGUCCUGAUGACGAGGAACAUGUUCAACCGCUCUCGAAGCCGCUCGUUCUUCCUCCUCGCAGGUACAUGUGUACGGGGUAUUAUACACUUUACCCGGUGUCUGCUGGAAGCGUUCAUAUCGACGUGACAGAUGACGGAAAAGAAGCAAUGGACUUUACUACAGGCUUCCUAGAUGAUCCAUCUGAUAUUGUUCCUCUUAACUUCGGGUAUAAAAAGACACGCGAACUUCUUCGACGCAUGGCUUCCUACCGAGGUGAAGUUGCUGCUGGCCAUCCUGAUUUCUCGGAGGGAAGCGCUGCAGCCUGCAGAGAAGCUUUCGGGCCAGUGGACUUGAAUGCGCCUGACAUUGUUGAUACUACCGAAGAUGACGAGGCGAUUGAUCGAUUCCACCGCGAUAUUAUGCAAACGACGUGGCAUUCUCUUGGGACUUGUGCCAUGAAACCGGAGGCAGAUCAGGGAGUCGUCGAUGCUAGGCUUAUUGUAUACGGGGUGUCGAACCUGAAGGUUGCAGAUAUGUCCAUUUCGCCGUUGAACGUUGGCACGAACUCGUACUCGACCGCACUUCUCAUCGGAGAACGGGCUGCGAUGAUCAUUGCUGAAGAUUUGGGUAUCAAUUGCAUUUGA